UCUGGUUUCGAUAUUUUGACGUGCGUAAAAUUAUUAGCGAUUGCUGUCACAUUGUUAAUUUGAAGGUUCUAAAAUUAGAAUGCACUUAGUUCACGUAAAGAUACGGCAUUCCGCAUGAUUUCUCACAGCAUGGGUAUUUUUCUUUUGUUACUUAUGAAAUGAUUGAGUUGAUAGAUGCACAGCUGUAUUAUCAAGUAGCUUUUGCAGAAUACUUUUUUUGAGCGUUUAUCAUCGUUUUGCAUUAUACUUCCAUUUAAUCAUUAUGUAGUUAAUGGAUCCACCUCAGAUUAUUGCCGAAGCUUAUUGCAUUACAUGUCAGCGACUGUAUUGGGCAUAGGUACUUUAGAAUUGCAUAAAAAACAAUUUCAAUGGCUGAUAUUGAGAAUAAAGUUCCAAAAAAAGAUGUCAAAAAACGAAUGGUAAAAGCUCUAUAUAGCUACACACCUGAAAAUAUAGAUGAAUUGGAACUAAAAGUGAAUGAUAUUUUAGAAGUAAUUGAGGAAACGGAAGAAGGAUGGUGGAAAGGAAUUCUAGAUGGAAAUGUAGGAAUGUUUCCAUCUAAUUUUGUUAUUGAAUUAGAUGGUCUUCCUGAAGAAUUCAAUAAUCAAUUUAUGAAUGAACUAAGUCCUACAAAAAAUGCAUCAAAAGUAAAAAAUGUGGGCCAUCAAGAACCUUUGCAUAGGCACGGUGCUAAUCAUUCGCCAGUAAACAAACAAGAAAAAUCGGCAAAUACCCAAGCUAUUAAUUCUAAUUCUGAAGAUGUAAAUGAUGGAUUAAAUUAUUCUAAAUCUGCUCCAGACUCAAAUGAAAAAAAGAUUAUUACAAUAAAUAAAAAAUCAUUGCCUGAUUCUCCUGCCCCUCGGCUUCCUCCAAAACCAGUUAGGGAGCAAGCUGUAGUGAUGUUUCCAUAUAAAGCACUCAAUGAAGAUGAACUGACACUAAAAGAGGGAGAUAUAAUAACUGUCAUAUCAAAAGAAAUAGAAGAUAAAGGAUGGUGGAAAGGGGAAUUAAAUAACAGAGUUGGUGUAUUUCCUGACAAUUUUGUCAAACUUCUAAAAGUAGAAGAACAAAAAAAGCCUGAGAGGCCAGAUAAACCUGCUGUGGCCACUAAAGCCAGCUUGAAAUCAGCCACUUCAGAAAAGGCAACUUCUGAGUGCUCUCCUAAACUAGAUAAAAAAACAACAAAAACAGCUCCUGCCAAACCACCUCCACCUGAAAUUCAUAAAAAAGAACCUGAAAGACCAUUACCACCAUAUCCAAGCAAAAAACCCCAAUUGCCUCAUCCUAUGAAAAAACCGAGCAGGUCCUCUUUAGGAAUAAAGCUUCCCAGUUAUCUUCCACCAACUACAACUAGUUCCGUGAAGAGUCCUGUUUCAGAGAACAGUCAGAGUUCUGUAACAGUUCCUCCUACACUUGAUUUAAAGGCAGAAGAAGGAACCAAAACAAAUGAAAAAGUUUCUAAAUCAAAUGAAAAACAUGAUAAAAAAAUUUCAGAUGAACUAGGUUUUGAUGCUGUAGAAUCAAGUGGCAAAAAACUUGUGCAUUUGACUGCAAACCGUGUUAAAGCUCCCAAUAGACGCCCACCAUCGCACAUUUUUCUUAAAGACAAUGAAAAAGAAAAUGGUAUUGCUACAGAUCCUAGAAGACUUAGUGAGCCAUUGCUUGCUGAAAUGAAAUCGUUGUUACCUCUUGUAGAUACUGAUACAUUUAAGACAAAUAUGCCUCCUAGCAUAGAAGUGAAAACUAAAGUCCCUCCUUCCAGACCAUCUCCUCCUAAUAUUAUCAAUAAUAAUUCUUCAAAACAAGUUGCCGUUGCCAAGGAAAGUAGCAAUAGUGAAGAUUCAGUUAUAAAAGCUAUAGAAACUACCAAGACAAGCACAUCACUAGAUACAUCUACAAAUAUAUCAAGAAAUGAAAUCUUGCAGCCUCGUGUUCAGCCAUCUGGUAGCCUUUUUAAUCCAGUUCCAGGUCCAUUGACAAAAGGUUCUCACCCACCAGAAACUGAGUUACAUGAUAUAAAAGACAGUCUAAAAAUGGUAAUGGGAACAAUGGUGAGCAAGAGUGACUACAAUGAACUGUUGAAACAGGUUAAGGAACUGAAAGAAAUUUUGGAAACAUACAAUAAUAACUGCAACAAAGCCAUAAUUGGCUUGAAAUCAGAAUUGGAAGAAGAGAAAAAACUGCGCAGAGCUGUUGAAACGGAGCUUCAACAAAUAAAAGAACGCCAAACUACCUAACAUCAAAGCAAAUUAGAAUAUUUUGAAAAUAUGCCAAUAUUGUCCUUUCAGAAAUUGUAUGCAUUCCAUUUUAUAGUAAUGAAAUAUUUUAGUAUUAUUUUUGCAUAACAUAUUUCUACAAACUGUGAAUAGUUAGUAUCCAAAUAUGGUUAAUUAUUUUUCCAUUGUUGAAUUGAUUGCUGUCGUUAAGGUUUAAAAUGGAUCUUGGGUGCUGAAUGCAAUAUAAUAUAUAUUAAUUUAUUGUAUAAAUAUAGAAAUAGAAAGUGUUUAUGGGAUUGUAUAAGGAAAACUUUGUAUCAAAUUACUAUACAUAUUAAUAACUGAAAACAUAUUGAUCCUAAUUUAUACUCAUAAAUCUUAUUUAAAUUAGAGUUUAUAUGAUGAUCAUAUAACAUAAAGUUGGGAAGACAUCUUAAAUAAGUCCCAAUCAGAACAUUUUAUUAUUAUUAUUAUUUAUUUGACAAUACUAGAAAUUUUCUGCAACUCAAAUUUAGUUGUUAUAAAAUAACUCAAACCGAAAAGAAAGAAAAGGUCUUUGAAGCAUAUUUAUGUUAGCAAGAACUAAGUUCAAACUUCAGAAUUAAAUUCUGCACAAUAAACACUUGUAGUUUGAAAUUAAUAAAUAAAAUUCAUGUUUAAUAUUUUUAAGAGUUACACUUUAAAAUUGAGUUUUAAUAAUGGAGGUUAAUCACAGGAUUUCAAAAAUUUCGUUUUCUUAGAUCUUGUAGUAAAUAAAAAUGUUUGUAAUUCCCAAAUAAAAUUUUUAUAUCUAAACACAAGUGUAAUGUAAUGCAGUCCUAAAAUCUUUUGGAUUUUAAGACUAGUAUAAAUAUUGAACUUCUGCUAGAGUAGCAUAAUGAUUGGCCUCUGUAACUAAAUAAAGUGGCACAGUCCAAUCAAUUUUCAUGGUGUAAUAAGAUAUAAAUAUUUACAAAUUUAUUUGAAAGGGAAUAUACAAACCUGUGUAUGGUACCAAAAAAAUUAUAUUAAAUUAAAAUGGGAAAUUCUACAAAGAAUGUUCAUUAGAAUAUACCCAGGAAAUUUUGUGUUGUAUUUUUUGAAGAAAAAAAUCAAUCUGCAUGCAAAUAGAGCAAAAUGCUUUUUACGAUUUAGUAAAAAAAAUUUGCCUAAAUCAUGAAAAUAUGUGUUGCUAAAAUACAGUAUUAUAUCUAGCAUAAAUCAUAUAUAAUUGUUGUAUGCACAAAUAUUAAAACUGUAGUAAAUUUUAUUCUUUUAUUGUAGUAUAAAAAUGAUCAAUUAUUUUAACUGUUUAUUAAAAAUGAAAAUGUUGCCUCCCCCUUCCAAUAUAAUUGGCAGAAUCAUCCCUCCUAAUUUGAAUAUACACUUGUUGAAACAUUAGUUUUAUUCAAUUUAGUCCACAUUUUAUUAGGAAAAGUGGAUUGGUUGAGAAAUUUUUACACAUGUCCAAUAAAGAAUUUAAUGCACAAUUAUUGAACUUCAAAUUAUUUUUGGCAAUGAUGAAUUAAACCAUGCAAUUAUUUCAAAAUAUUUUAUAACUUAUUUUUUCUAGGGUAAGAAAAAUGUAUUUUCAAAGCAUGAAAAGUGAUAUGACUAAGUAAUUUGGAAGAAAUGCAUGUUAUUUAUGAAGACACUGCACCAAUUUGAAAUACAUUGAAAUUAAAAACACUUGGUUAACAUACUUUUAUUAUGCACUAGAAGUAUGCUGUUAUGUAUUAGGAAAGAUGAAAACUGGCAUCAUAAAUUAUGCACUUGUAAACUAGUUAAAACCAUGAUAUUUAAACUCAAAACUGUUAUAUUUAUUUUCGCACAUUUCUCCUGUUAGGUGGCAUUCCCAUGUAUUAUGAAAUGAGUAAUAUUUAAUUAACAAGUAAUUUUAGUAUUAUUUCCUUUUAAUUUGUGUUAAAUAAGUAUCUCCAACUUUAGUUUGCAGGUAUUAAAUUUUCUGAAACAGAAAUGGAAAGAAAGCACUGUAAUAAAUAAGUUUUUAUUAAAUAUUUAGAACCUGCAAAUAAUUAAAUUUGGAUGUGCAGAAAUAAGUAAUAAUAAAGUGGAAUAAUAUUUGUCUGCUGCCAUGGAACACCGUUUUCUAUUUUGAAUUUCAAGUUGUGGAUUUUUCACCCAAAAUUUAGUCUUUCAGCCACUGAUCGUGACCAAAUUUUGAUAAUAUUUUUUUAAUUUUUAAUGUAAAUCAUAUAUAUUUUGUGUGAAGAAAAAGAUAAAUUAUCAAAAUUGCAUCUCAAUUUGAUCUGCAGCUGUAAGACCAAAUUUUGAAUAAAAAAUAGAGUGAAAAAUCAAAAUAUCAAAAUUUUGAUCAAUAUAGCGUGUAUUUUGUUGUAACAUCCUUAAAUUCUAGUGUUCCAUGGCAAAAGACAUUAAACUGCUAAACAAUGUUAUUGUACAAUAUGUGAAUAGCUAAGAUAAUCUAAAUUAACUGAUGAACUUCUGGUUAUGGAUAAUUUUCCUAUCAAUGGACAAAGUUAUGAAUUAGAAAUAUAAAUGUUCUCGUGAGUUGAGGAAUUUUUUAUUAUAUGGAAAUAAGUAAGACUGAAUAGCAAUAAUUAAUUAGCAUAAAAAUAGCUUUUUUCAUAAUUUUAUAAUUAGAUCAGUUCACUUUUGAUUAAAGAAUAAGCUUGCAUGCAGAUAUAUAUUUGAAUUAUUGAAGUGAAUAUUCAGUAUAAUGUAAUUUAUGUAAAAACAUGUAUUUCACCUAAGUUUGGGAAGUACUUAACACAUUUGCUGCUGAUCAUGCACUGGUGUGUGAUUGGCAUUAUUGCUGAAGAGCCAAUCACGCUCUGACAUGUAAUGUGGUGUGUUGUCUCAAGUGCAGGUAAUGCUCGUGAGGGGAAAAGCAACCUCUGAUUGUUUAAUUUUGAGUUCAAUCGGCAUUAGGAUUUGAAUAUGCAUGCUGCUAUUGGCAUGGAGUGAAGGUUAGAAACUAGUUGUAAAUGUAUGUUGUUUUUGUUUAAUUUUGAGUUCAAUCGGCAUUACAAUUUGAAUAUGCAUGCUGCUGUUGGCAUGGAGUGAAGGUUAGAAACUAGUUGUAAAUGUAUGUUGUUUGGAAUGAAAAUAAAGUUUCAUUCCAUGCAAAGAUCAUACACGAAUAACAUUUUGAAAUAUAUAGUUUGCAAUAAUAUCAUUGUAACUGUCUUAUAAUAAAUUCAUGUGUAAUUAAUUAUAUAUAUAUAUUUGUUUGUGAUAUAGUUUCAUACAAAAAUAAUACAUAUUGUUACUUAUUUGGAUUCAUUUUUAAAUGCCAAACGCCAGUGUGAAAUGUGGCAUUGCAGAAAUAAUUCUUAUAAUAAGUAGGUUGGCAUAUGGGUACAAUCUAUUUCUACAACACAGCAUUAACUAUUAACACAACCCUCACAUAACCAGCAGUGAAAGUGUUAAUUGCUAAGUCAGCAGAAUGCAUUAUAACAGAAAACUGUUGCUCAAUCAAAUAAGCAUUUAUAUUAGCAUUAAGGCCAAGAAUGUUAAAAAAUUUGCCUUUUUUCCCCCAUUAACUCCUUAUUUUGACUUUAUUACAAUGAUUUUUCUUUCUCUUUUUAUGAUUGAAAGCAGUCAGUAUACUAUAUUAUUGUUUUAAAGAAUGACUGUGUUUAAUAAAUUAAAAAGAAAAGGGGGGAAAUGAUUCUGAACCAGACAAAAUAUAAGCAUAAACAUGAAAUUGUCACUAUCAAAAUGCCAUUCACUAUAGUAUUGGUACGUGUAAGUUAAUUAGACUAUAUUUGCUACAUUGUGCAUACAUUACAUUUGCUAAACUACAUUUUGCUAAGUAUGUUCAUUAGCGAUUAUAUAAGUAACUUUAUUCCAUAAUUUUCCUUACAUUUUUUUACUGUAUUAUAUAUUUUUGUAAUUAUUUGACACUAUAUUCAGUAUGAAAAUAAUUUAUUAAAUAUGUAUGUUUAUGUCAGUUCUUUUGAAAAUUUAUGACUUUGUAAAUUAAUUUGUAUAGUCUUGUUAAUCAUAUCCGAGCUGCAAUUGAUCAGUUUUCUUAUGUCAAGAUCUUUUGAACUGCCUGUGCUUUCAUUGCAUUUAUUCAGUGUUUUUUGCCAGUGAUUUGCAUCAUUUGUAAUUUUAAAUUAAGAACUAUUUGAAUUAGCUUUCUUAUAAAUAUUAAGUUUAAUAUGCAUGCCUUUCUUAUUAUUCUGAGUUUUAAUUCAGUUAAAAGCGUAUUUGUUAUAAGCUAACAAUUUAGAUAAAUAUUUUUUUCAUAACUGGAAGAUACAAAUAUUGAUUUUCAUUAUGGGGAAAUAUUAUAUACAUUUCAGAUUUGACUUAUUUAGUGUAUUUAAAAGAAAUGAGGUGUCCUGUUCAAUACGUUCUGUUUAUUUUUUCCCAAUAGUUAAAAGUUUAACAAGAGACUUAAGAUAUCAUGCACCUCAAAUGUUCAAAAAGUAAAAUUUUUAUGAUAUUGGAUCUGAUUUUUUAGUACAUGUGUUGAUCUGUAACAUGAAAAUCUAACAUUAUAGAACUGUUAAUACUUACAAAAAAUUUUAUAAAACCAAAUGUAAAAAAUAAAAAUAAGUGCUGUACAUGACAAAAAUAUUUAAAACCUGUGGUGAAACAUUUAUAUUUUGAUGCAUGAAUUGAACAGUUAAGGUGCUUGUGUUUCUGAAAUAUUAAUAGUAGAAAGAAUUUAAUUUCAUACAUUCAAAGUAUAAAUACUGAGUCUGAAUAAAUAUGUUAAUUGUUCCAUCCUUUCUUUACUCUUUCAAAAUACUUAAAAAUUCAGUUUUCAGGUCUAGUCAGUUUGUAUAUGAUUUACUAGGCUGUUUGCACAUUUUCAUUGUAAUUACAAAAAUAUUUUAUCUAAAAUUUUUAUGUUUCAAAUGUUCUAUCCCUUAUUCUUUACUUUUAUAUACACCAUAGGAGGUUGUAGGUCAAUGCUUGGAUAACCUGCUUUUUAAAAGCACAAAAAGGCGUUGGUGAUAGGUCAGGAAAUUUAGUAAGAAAAUUAGUAAAGGGUAUGGCCUUGAUACCUUGGAUUUUAGUUUAUAAUUGUUCCAUUAACAGUAGAUUUUGACGUGCCACUGUUUGCUUUAUCUUGAUGCAGUUCUACUGAUUGAUCACACUGUGUGUAAAGAGAAGGUAUUUCAUAUUUGAAAAAUUGGUGUAAAAUAUGUUUUUGAUAAUAUGUGGAGAUGAUCUGAACAUUUUUCUCCAUUUUCUUUAUUUUUAAUUUCCCAUAUAUGAAAAACCAGGAACAAUCAUAAAUCCCUUAGGAAAACUUUCUUUAGAUUCCUUGGACCGUGUUUUAAGAUUUUUUUUAUCCUCUCUGAUGAUGAUAAAUGGAUCUCUUUUUAUCACAGUCAUUUAAGUACACCCAAGAUUCGUCUAUUGUGGUAACAUUUUUCCACAUGAAGAAUUCUGCAGUUCAUUCUGCAUUAUGUCGUGGAGAAAGACUUUUCACCUUAAGAUUCAAAUCAGCAUUAAUCCUUUUUUUUUUUUUUUUUUUCAGUUGACACUGAACAUUUUACUGAUUUUGCAACUGUACUUGGUUUUAUUUUAAUAUUAAAUAUCUUACUUUUGCAACAUUCUGUUUUUUACAACAUUAGCUAUCGUAGCUUUAGAUAUUGAAAAACCGUGUUCAUGAUGUUUUUUAAUAACUACAUAUAAAUAAUUUUCUUCCAAAAGAACACAAGCAUAUCUUUCUACCCAUUACUUCUCUAAAAGCGACAUUCUGCAUGGAAACAAAACUGUCAAGUAGCAGACAAUAAAUUAUACUUUCAAAAAUAUAGUUUCAGUUAAAAAAAUUUCCAAGUAGAUGAUUUUUUGACAGCAAAGCAAAAUUAUCUAAAAAAUAUGCAAGCAGCCUAUUAUUAAAAGGUAAACUAUGCUAGAAAAUUUAUAUUUUCUUGCAUAGUUAUCAGUAUUAGUCAGAAUAUUGGGAAAAUCUUGUUGCCUUAUUACCUUGCAAUUUAAUUUUUUUUAAAAAGUUCAUUAAUUUAAUCAUACAAAUAUUCAUUUUACUCAUUUUGGAGGAUAUAUAUACAUUAUUGGGGAGGUUCACUUGAAACAAAAUUAAAAUGUAUAGUGUUGAAAUUAUAAUUAUCAAAGCUAGCAAAUAUAUUUUAUUGAUUACAUUCAACUAUUAAUAUAGUUUUUAUUGCUCUAAUUAUAUGGCCUGAAAUCUUAGAGAGCUUAAUCGUUUCUUAUUAUCAGUAAUUAAAUGUUGAGUUUUGUACAUCACUAGAUUACUUGAAAUUAUGUCAUAUAUAUAUAUAAAGAUAGAAUUUUGGGGGAUUUUUAGAUAAAGUAUUUUCUAUAUCAGAUAUUGAAUUUCAAAAUAAUAAUUAGCAAAACUAAAGAAAAUUUUCAAUAAAAUGUUUUAAAUAUACUAUUACAGUUAUUAUUUUCUAUGUCUUUGAUUUUAGUAAUUUUAAUAAGUAUUUUUUAUUUUUAUAAGUUUUUAAUUUAAUUAAAAAUUUGAAUUUUAAAAGCAUUAGGAAUUAUAUUAACUUCAUUUUUCAAUUUUUUUACUGUUUCUGCCUAUAGAUGGCAUUACUCUCUUGUUCCCUUUGCUCUUUUUUGGGUAUAAAUGAAACUAGCUUUCCCUGCAUUGCAGAUUUCUUUGCUUCUGAUGAAGAGAUAUCUGUACUUGUUAAGCCCUUAAAAUCGAGUCUUGACCAUAUUCUAUGUCAAACACAACGUUGCUUUAGCUUAAUUUUAUGUUUUACUUUGCCAUAUUUCUCUUUGGUCUUGAACUUUAUAAGCUUUUAAUUAUUUUAUUUAUCUUGAACAAUUUCUGGAUUAUUGUGAAUUGUUGAUUUUUUUAAUGAAAAAGUAAGAGUUGCCUCAAAUAUUGUUAAUCACCGGUUUGAUACAUUUGUAAUAGCCUUAGCACUUUUCAACCGUCCAUUCCUGUCCUUGAAUGAAACCUGACAAUGCAUAUACUUGCAUAAACUUUUUACCACUUUUAUUGCCUUCAAAUAUUUAAUUCUAUAUGCAGAUCUCUUACAAAUUUCAGCGUUUUCAUUAUACCUGUCUUGCACAUUAGCUUUUUCUGCAUUCCAGACUUUUGUACAUUAUUAUAUAUAUGAAUAUUUUAGCUUGUGUUUCUGCACAAUAUAUCUGAAAAUGCACAAUAUUGACUUGAAUAUUGGGAUAGGAGGAAAAACUUUUACAUUCCAAGAGAUGAUAUGAUAAACUUUUGUUAUUUGCUAGAAUAUUACAAGUUUUGAAAUGUUUACAGUUUUUUGUGCAUUUAAAUUUUAUAAAUAAGAAUUAGUUUUGUCAUAUUUGAUUUGUUUUAAGCAAAAUAAUAAUAAUAACAAAUAAAAGGAAUUGUGAUUAAAUUCCUUCUGUUUCAUCAAAGUAUGUCUUCUAAAUUGUAUGCAACAAUUUAUUUUUUUGCCUUUCAUUUCCAUUAUGAUUCAUAAGUUGAAAAUUAUUUAAUGUUUAUGUAGAUUUUAAACUUCUGAAACAGAUGAAAACAAUCAUGUAAUUUCUGGCAAUGUGUUAAUGCUUAGGAAAUGUGAUGUGUUACGUACUAAGACAUUUAUUGCUUGUUAAGACAGAAUAUAUAGUUAUCAAUUUUUAUAGGUGAUACUGUUUUUAAAAAUAUCAGAAUUUAUAUGUUUCAGGUGUUGUAAAUAUUUGUACAUAAAUGCGAGUGGCAGAUUGUGAAAACUUUUAAUGCCACAUAUGACUUAAUGAAUCCUUGUGCAAUUACUACACAUGCAUUUAACAAAAUAUCAAAUUUUCAAACUAUGUAAAAUAUAUCUGAAAUAAAAAUCAAUUUCUAAAUAUAGUCAUUUGGACUUGAAGAUCUCGUGUAUGAGAGCUAUACUUGUUAUUAUAUUAGCAUAUUUUAAAAGGAUAGUGACUGAAAAAAAGCUAUACCAUUGCCAUGCUCUAAUGUUAGAUUUUGAUAUGUAGUUUAUUGUGGUAUCUAAUAUGAAAAAAAAAACUGCACUUUUCGUACAGCUCAGUUUUUUGCAUUUUGAAUAUUUAGUACUUUUUUAUGAUUAAAUUAUAUAUGUGCUUGCUUUCAAAAUGUUUGUGUGAAUCUUAUAUACCUUAUGUUAAAUAUAUUCAUUCUCAGCUGUGCUGAUGGAAAUGUCAUCUUAACUGCAAUCAUUGUUUUGUUCAAAAAAUAAAUAUUUUAUUUAUAA